AUGAGUUUCGUUGUGUGGAUUAGUGUUGCUAUUAUCAUAUGGCUUCUUUUCAAAGCUCUCAAUUCAACAGAUGUUCCAAAAAUUUCUGGCCUUCCAGAAGCCUCAGGUUGGCCAAUUUUUGGAAGUCUAUUGGAACUGGGAGAAAAUCAUUCUCUUGCACUGUUGAAAAUGGCUAAAAGAUUAGGUCCUGUGUUUCAAAUUCGAAUGGGAAAUAAACGUAUUGUUGUGGCAAAUUCAUUUGACUCUAUUAGAGAAUUAUGGAUCAGAAAUCAAUCCGCAUUGAUCAGUCGACCUAUGCUGCAUACAUUUCAUACUGUUGUUAGUAGUAGUCAGGGAUUCACUAUUGGAACAUCUCCAUGGGAUGAAUCGUGUAAACGACGUCGUAAAGCAGCAGCAACAGCAUUGAAUAAACCUGCUGUACAAACGUACAUGCCAAUCAUUGAUACAGAAUCAUACUCAGCUAUAAGUGAAAUUUAUAAAGAAUGCAAAGAUGGACAAGUCGAUAUUAAUAUCAUUCCUCAUCUUCUUCGGUUUGCUCUGAAUACAUCGCUUAUGCUUAAUUAUGGCACACGUUUUUCUUCGUCAUUUGACAGCCUUCUCAAAGAAAUUGUAGAAGUUGAAGCAGCAAUUUCACGAUUACGAUCUACAUCAAAUAAUUGGCAAGAUUAUAUUCCACUUCUUCGACUGUUUCCAGCUAAAUCCAAAUCAGCUAACUCUUAUCGAGUUCGUAGAGAUCGGUAUCUUGAAUUUCUUUUAGAUGGUCUAAAGAAAGAUAUUGCCAAUGGCACAGAUAAACCAUGUAUCACUGGUAAUAUUCUAAAAGAUCCUUCAGCAAAAUUGAAUGAAGCUGAAAUUAGAAGUAUUUGCCUUACGAUGGUAAGUGCUGGUCUUGACACAGUUCCAGCAAAUAUCAUUUUUGCUAUUGGUUAUCUCUCAUCAGCACAUGGUCAAGAAAUUCAAGAACGUGCAUAUCAAGAAAUUCAAGAGACUUAUCCGAAUGAUGAUGCAUGGGAAAAGUGUCUUGUUGAAGAACAAGUUCCAUAUGUCACUGCACUUUACAAAGAAAUUCUUCGUUAUUUUACAGUUAUUACAAUGUGUCUACCUCGACGAAGUAUCAGUGAUAUAAACUAUAAUGGAGUGAUCAUUCCUGCUGGAACAUUGUUCUAUAUGAAUGCAUUUGCCGGUGAUUAUGAUGAAAAUCAUUAUAAAGAUCCAUAUACGUUCGAUCCUGAACGAUAUUUAGCUGAUGUUGAUGGUACACCUCAUUUUGCUUACGGAGCUGGAAGUAGAAUGUGUUCUGGCUCACAUCUAGCAAAUCGAGAACUCUUUACAUUUUUUAUUCGAUUUAUUUCAGCAUUUCGAAUUCUUCCACCUAGAGAUCCAAAAAAUGCUGCAGUAUUAGGCGCAAUGGAAGCCAACAAAUCUCACACUGGUCUUGUUGCAGAACCAAAGCCAUUCAAAUGUCGAUUUGAGCCAAGAAACAAAAAACUAUUAGAAUCAUGGUUUGAAACCAGUAGAAGAGAAGCAGACGAUGAUUAA